AGCAAUCACUAAUUAUUGACAGUAGACAACAAAUGUAUAGAUUGUAUGGAGCUCGAAGAUGUCUUGCUACGUCUGCCGAAUCUCAAGCAAGACAACUGCAAUUCAAUGUAUUUGAUCGUAGAGCUAAAUUAGUUCAAAGAUCGAGAAUUGCUCAACUUAACCCCCAAUUAUCUCGAAAGAAGGAAUACUUACGAGAUGAAGUUGCGCUUAAGACCAUAGAAAGAUUAGCCUUCAUUACUAGAGAUUUUACUAAAGUACUUGAUUUCGGUAGUCAUCUGGGGAAUUUACUUAAGAAUCUUACUAUUAAGACUGAAAUACCGGUGGGAGCAGAUUAUGCUGAGACAGAAAUUACUAAACAACUUAAUAAUGAUAAGUUAGUAAUUCAGGAUAAAAUAAAGCAAUUAUAUAUGUUAGAUUCAUCUAAAGAAUUACUUUAUCGUGAUAUAGAUGAACCAUUUAAUAAACAAUUUAAGGGGGAAGUAAUAAGAUGUGUUGGAGAUGAAGAAAGUUUUAAUCAUACAUGCCUUGAACAAUCUGAUCAAUAUGAUGCUGUAAUAUCUAAUCUUUCCUUACAUUGGAUUAAUGAUUUACCUGGUACACUUGCCAAUAUUAAUCGAAUUUUAAAACCAGAUGGGUUAUUUAUGGGUACAUUAUUUGGAGGAGAUACAUUAUAUGAAUUAAGAACUUCAUUACAAUUGGCUGAAAUGGAAAGGAAAGGUGGAAUUUCACCUCGAGUAUCUCCAUUAGUUAAUGUUAAUGAUAUAGGAACCUUAUUAAAUCGAGCCGGAUUUAGUAUGUUAACUAUUGAUGCAGAAGAUGUAGUAGUAGGAGGAUUUCCUGAUAUAGUUUCAGUAUGUGAAGAUUUACAAGCUAUGGGAGAGCAAAAUGCCGUACUUUCACGAGCUAAUACUUUACCACGAGAUGUAUUAUUAGCAGCUAAUGAAAUAUAUAAGAGUUUACAUGGAGAGACUGAUGAUAAGGGGGUUACUACAUUACCGGUGACGUUUAAUAUUAUCUUUAUGAUUGGGUGGAAGAAGAGUGAUAGUCAACCUCAACCACUUGCGAGAGGAUCCGGACAAGUUAGUUUAAAGGAUGUAUUGUAGUAGAGUAGUAGUGUAAAUAGAAUACUGUAAGUAUGUAUAUAGGAGAAUACUGUAAGUAUGUAUAUGCUUAUCGAUAUAGAAUAUAGUAUGGUAUAAUACUGUAUAGUUUAGUGUAGUGUGCAGAGUAGUGUAGAGAGUAGUGUAGUGUAGUGUAGAGAGUAAUGUACAGUGUACAGUGUACAGUAUACAGUAUACAGAGUAGUUA